AUGGGCCAAGGUCAAUCUAGGCCUCCUGCCGUUCAUCCCUCGAGAGUCAGCUCUGAAAGGAUUGCUGACUUGGAGGCAUCUCGUCACUAUCCAAUCUCAGCUUCAGGCUGGAUCAAGAGACCCCGUUCCAGAUUCAUCGCUGGCCGACGAGAUCGAGUCUCUUCCACCGACAUCAUCUCAUAUCCUCAUCACCAAUUCAUCCCAAAAGAGCAACGCCAACGUUCGGCCGGUCCCAUUCGCAGCCGUCCAGAGCCAUGCGAGUAUGCGCCUCGACCUGCCCCUCAGCCACCGUGGCUACCCUCCUCACUUGCUCUCUCUCCCACCACAACCUUUCCCCCUACGAAUGUCGUCGAUAGCAUAGCUGAUGCCUCAACUAUCCUCAACCCGUUGCAGCCAUCUGCAGAAACGUCUCCAGUCAAGUCCCUCAAGCGCAGUUCGGCUCAUCGAGUCAGUGCUAGGCCACGCGAUCCACCCCUUCUCGAAGAGCCGGAAUCCAUCAAGGAUCAUGCAAGUGUCGACGGCCAUUGCAAUCCUCCUCAAACGCCUCCAUCCGCCUCCGACCACGCCCAUGAGCCGGUUCCUAUCUCACCCUCUCUCGCUCUAGCUCUCAAAGCCGGACUUGGCUCUUGUUCGCUGCCAAGAACACAGGAUGAUCAUUUGGCGGUCGAUGCUCACAACAAUGCCUCCAUCACUUCAGCAAGAUCUAACCAGGGUGGCCCCGAUCAACCCUCAUCCCCGCUACAGCAAGGCGCUGAGUUAUGGACACGCACUCCUCGUCCUUCUAUCCCCGAGGGCUGCCAAUCCGAAUUGGAAGUCUUUCGUCAAAGUCCUAGUGACCAAGCUUCACCUCAACCCUCAGCUAUCGCCGCAUCGAGUCGUGCGCAGAACAGCCGCUUCUCUUUUAGUAGUAGCCAUCCGACCACCUCUAGCAGCGGCAAUCAGAGCGAUGCCCACUCUGGUCGAUGCCGCUCAUCCAUAUACGCCACUCGGAUGGAUCUGCAGCGCUACAGCUGUACUGCCUCCGAGACCGGCGAUUCAGUUCAGAACCGUGCCUCUAUCUCCGUUUUCAGACAUCCUCCGCCGCACUCCUCUCGAUCACAGUGCUACACUCGCGCCUCUUUAUCGUCCAUUCAAGCCAACUUGGCAGUACCAGCCACUUGGACCCCUGCAGCCAGUAUCGCAAGGAGCAAGAGGCAUUCAGGCACGCAGCAGCCCGCACACCAAAGAUCCAAUCCUAGCUUGUUCUCGGCAUCUUCAGAUUGCGAUCCUGCAUUCUAUCGCGAUCAACAUGCCGACCAGAUCGCAACGGCCAGCAACCAGACUAAUUCCAUAGAUCCGGCGACGCUCGUACAUCGCGCCUUCGAUAGCUAUGAGGAGCCAGCGCAAGACACGGCCGCCGCAAGUCGACGCUCGAGCAUCUUGCGCUCGAUCCACUCGGAUGUCGCUGGCUCUCGCCAAUCUUCGCUCGGGACCAAGCAAGUGGAACAGCUGCGCAGAGGUCCACAAGUCGAGCUGCACCAAGACUCGAUUGACACCAUCUUUGAUGUCCAGCCUAACCCUGUAGUCAGGCGUUCUAGAGCUCUCACCUUGAUCGACAGGCUGCGUGGCAAGUCUGCCAGAGCAGCUCAAGCAUCUACAGCAGAGGCCAACACGGUCACAGUGCAAGCCCAGCUCCUUGCAAAUCCUGCCAACGCAGGCAGCAUGCGCAGCCGCCUUAGGAGUUUGUCGCAUUCCCAGGCAGCCAACAGAUCUGUUGCGCAGAAUGCUCCUACCCAGACUUUAAGCAUCCAAUCUCAAUCACAUGCUCAGUCCCAAACUCAGCAGCUCUCAUGGCCAAGCGCAUCAGGAACCCUUGGUCAGCGGCCGCCGCAGCAUAGAUCUAGCCCGAUUCCAGCUCAGACAGGCGCAACGACAUCCUCUGUAGUCUCAGACCGGAUAGCUCCGCAAGCUACCUUCGACUCGUCGCGUCCGACAAGCAUACGAUCUGUUCGCACCCAGCGUAGCGUCCGAUCUGCUAGAAGCUACAACAGCUCCAACGGGAGCCUGUCCGCGCGGUACAAAGCUGCACAACCUUCUUCUAAUGCUUUCUCGAGCUCGAGGGCCAAGUCUACGAUUACGUCCACUUCAUCUCUCUGGUGGAAGCAAAAUCAGCUCAAACGCAAAGGCUCCGAAGGCAUCGUCUCCGAGGCGCAGGCUGCAAAGCAAGGUCGUUCUGGCUUUCUCCCCUCAGGACAUGAGCCUCAAGACUCGGCUUGGGUCGAUAUCGAUGCCGAAGAACAGAAAACAACCGCAUCUGAGGACCCUUGGACAUUCUCCAAGGCUCUUUCAAGUGACAUUCCAUUCGAGGCAAAGCCACAGAAGAGCAAGAUGGCAGGCGGCCUCUGGAUUUGGCCUCGACGGCCCUCUGCAGCUCGCGUCUUCAGUUUUCGUCUCUCUCGAUCUCAAUCUGGUCAUGGCGGGCGUGCUGAACGCGUCGGCAGCGAGCCUUGCUAUCCAACAACAGCUAGAUCGACACAGCGCGAUGACGCUGUCCUUUCGCCUGUCAACGUGAUAGGCAUGCCUGUAGACACAUCCUCAAGCUCUUUACGACCAGUUCUUGCUGGAUCCAGCACAGGCAACUCAUCGGAAACCUCCUUCACUUCGUUGGCUCCGCCAAUCCCACCGGCCCCUGUGCCUCCGCUCCGCAAGCCACGUCGUCCUUUGCAGAAGACAGAGACACCAAACAGGCAGGAGAGAUCCGACUCUGUCGAUUCAAUCCUCACCCUCAGCUGCUGGGUGGACGGCGCCGCUGACUCAAACAUCCAGCCACCACAACAGACGCAGCAGCAUAUGGCACAAAGCGAAGCAAGCUUGGCCCAAACCGAAAUAACGGCGACGCAGGCGCAUACAUCAAGCACAUCAGCGACUUCUUUGGCCGUGGGCUCAGCGUCCACAGCGCCAACCAGCGUCAACGCAGCCACGUCGGCAGGAGAACAACAAUCUUUGCUCCCUCCAACCCCAAGAGUUACAGCUCCUAAGCACAAAGCUGUGACGCUAAGCGACUACGCCCUUUCACCUGCGCCUACACUUUCCCGCCGCCUAUCCGACAUCUCUGACGCAGGCACCAAGGAGACCUUGCUUUUGGACCGUGAGUCGCUGACUGCGCCCAAGAUGAGCUCCGACUCUUUCGUUCGUGGUCCGAUUGACGAGCAACAUCCACAUCUGCAGACCUUCUACCCGGCAGGUAUCUUUGUGACGCGUCCAGUCAGACCGACACCUUUGACCAUCACGUCGCCGUUGUCCCCAAUGACGGAAGAAGAGGCAGGAACAGCCUCGCCUCGCAGAGUUGGAGGCCUGCCGGACUUCUCGUCGCCAUCUCUCUCUCUUGGUCACGAUGGCAGUCUCGGCAGGUCGACCAGUGCUCACACGCAAGAUCCAAGCCUCACAGAAACUAGCCGCUCCUUCCGCUCCGUGCCUUCCUUCAGAUCGACGAGCGAUGGCAGCGUACAUCGAUACCGUCCCUUGCCUACAUUGCCCGGACGUGCGCCUGGCAACUCGGUUGAUUCAACGAUGAAUCGUCGGAACCCAUCGUAUGGAACAGACUCGUUCCUGACAGCUGAGUUGCACAGUCGAUACGGAAGCAUCGAGCAGCCAGCGCCUGACCGUAUAGAUGGCUUGCCUGUACGAGACACGCAGCUCUCACCGCUCAUGCUUAUGGGAAUGGUAACCGCUGCCAACUCGCCUACCCAAUCGACUCACAACAGCCAUGAUGGGCUUCCAGAAGAGCCAUCUAGAUCUAGCCUAGCAUCCAUCGCGUCACCCAUGGCUGGGACAAGACCCCUGCCGUCGAUUCCUACUCGCAGCAUCGACGCCACCCUCGACUUGACUCGACCGCAUUCCAAAGGUGCUGGGCAAAGACGCUCUCUGAGUCAGGCAGGCGGCGCCGCCGAAGGUCCGCCUCUGUCGCCAUCAGCGUUCUACGAUAUCAAGCCUCAAACUUUACUUCCUCCAGCCAAGACACCUGCAGGUCCCAGGCACAGCUGGAGCUCGGCAGAUGGACCCUGGUCUGCUGCUGUGGUGACGGCGAGCUCCGUUGUUGGCGCUGUCCGAGGGAUAGCCAGUCCGGAAAGGACUGUCACUGAUGGUGAUGUUCUUCGACGAGCCCUUGCUCAGCCAAGGGACGAUAGAGAUGAUGCCUACCGCAACAGCGAGCGGCAGAUGGUCUCGUCCGGUGUCGUCAUCGACGACGACGAAGAUGCCGAGCUCACAAGACUCGAGAUGUGGCGUUCAGGAAGUAAGAUUCUGCCCAAGCAAACAGUCAGAAGCGAGUCUGCUGAUGGCUCCGUCAUCGUUGACAGGGCGCCCUUUGCGGACACAGGAGUCCAGGCGAGUCUAGCUGCGCUGCGUGCUCUUGAGUCACCCGGCGAAAGCCUCAGGACCGUCUUGGCACGUCAACGCAUCUUCGGCGAGCCUGACGCUUCGGUCACCGAGUGCCUUCGUGAGUCACACAUUCUGGACUCUGAAUCACCACUCGAUGACCAAGACUUGCUGGUCAUGAGCGGGCCACGACCAAGGAGGCGUGCUGCACCUUACCCCCGAUUGCGCGAGUCUUUCUACUCUUCCGAAGAGUUUUCCUCGAGCGGCAGAAGCUUGUCCGGUCGUCGGGUAGACAGAGUCAGGAGAAGGCGUCAGCAAAACUAUACGAGCAUGGCAGAGGCAUCGAGCGCUUCAGUCGCCGAAACGAGUGGAAGAGGCUCUGACUCGGAAGGAGCUACACUCGCCGCUAUCCGCUAUGUUCGUUCUCGAACGGCAAAAGGCUCGGCUGAAGGACGAGCUUCCCAAACACAUGGUGGAAGACGCGACUCCGCUGUUCAGACUGACGACGUGGUAGCAGAGGAGACACCGUCUGCGUCGCGAGCGACAGCUUGGGAAGACCUGGCUGGGAUCACGAAGCCUGAACAAGAUUGGCGAGCUGCCUCGUCGCGUCUUGACAGCGACAAUGCGGUGGCAAGUCAGCAAGGCAAAAUCCCGGAAAUGGCCUUGACGCCGCCUGUCGGCAACCUUGAGCAGCAGCAGCAGCAGCAUGCAAGUCGGCCACGACAUGACCGAUACGUGACUGCGAUGUCGCAUGCUGACAGCACUAUGGCUUCCCACGAGCAAGACAUCCGUGAGCUCGUAGAUCAGACUCAAGACCCAAUCUUUCGUCCUGUUGACUUCGAUGGAGGGGUUGGGCUCAGUCCCCAUGCCAACGCAGUCUCACCUGCCUCGACCAUAAGUCCAGCGCUGCUUCUCAAACACGAACGCGUCGCUUCGCAGAUGCCCUCAUCUGCCACACUUGUCGGAUCUCGUGUUGCGUUCCCGAUUUCGUCGAUACCAAGUGGAUCUAUUCACGAACAGCGAUACAUGCAAUCUCCUUCCUUGCCACAUGAUCUCGCUAUCGCUCAACGCAGCGAGCCGCGCAGUUACGUUCCGCCUGCGACCCGCAUUAGGCCAGAGAAAGACACCGAGCAAACGUCGAGACGCAUGCUGGUCCAGCAACGGCAACGUUCCCAAAGUGAUGUUCACGUGUCUAGUGCACAAAAUAGCAGAAUCAGCUUACCUCGAUCGAGGCAUUACGAAACCGAAAUGAGCCGAUACGAUGCACAACUCGAAGAUCUGCUCCAUCUGCGCGAAAAGGUGCUUCAACUCGAAAGUUCACGUGGUCAUGGACGCUUCGACAGUCUCGCUACCAGCUUCGUCGAUCAUGGUAGUACAAUUUCGAACCAUGGCGAUCACUCCUACAGCGUCGACCGCUCGGACGUACGACCUCGCAAGAGCUCAACCUCGUCCAAGCGAAAAUUGAGGCCAUCCAAGCUUGGCUACACCAUGCCUGACAUCAUGGCUUGGCAAGCUGGUCUUGGCAACAACAAUCAAACUUCUUCUGCGGUCGUGUGA